GGCUCCUGCCACCGGAGCCAAGAGUUGCCGUUCCGCGCGCCGGUGCCAAAACGCGCAGGAGGAGUCAGUGCCAAAGGGUCAUUUUAGCGCACCACAGCUGAAUUGGACGGACUGUAGGGAAAUCCUAAGGUGAACAGCUGUCAUUUGACCCCAGAUGAUAUUAUUAAAUCAUUAAAAAAAAAAUAAAGAAAGAAAGAAAAGGGGGGAAUAAAGACAGAGGAUCCUAAUAGGAGUCAAUAUCCAUCCCCCGGUGGAGUGCUCUGUACUUCAGUUGUCACCGCGGUCUCUGCAGAGGUGGGCAGUCAAGGAUUUUUUUUUUUUUAAUCUGCAAACGCUUUUUGCACAAAUCCUCACCUCAUCGGUCGCUUUUAGACCAAUUCCUGCCUAAAACACACCUUGGCUUUCCUCGAAAUCCCCCUCCCCUUGAAGAAGACGCCGCCGGGAGGACGCUUGCAGGAGAAGAAGAAGCUGCGCUUUUUCCAUCACCGACGCGCACCGGUCCGACCGUCCACGCAUCCACGCGCGCGUCAAAGUUGCACCGAUUACACACCAGACUUGCGAGGAGUGGGACGGCGAGCGGCGAGGAGUGGGGGAAGGAGGAGGACGGGAGGGGAAGUUGGUGACCUGCGAUCCAGAGAGGACCGACACCACGGUUCAAGCCGACUCCAAGUGCCGUUCACCGGGCGAUGCCAGAGUAAAUGCCGGGGCAAUGUCCCGCCGCAAGCAGGUGAACCCGCAGCACUUAUCGUUGACGCACAGGGAGACAAUACAAGCAGAAGCCAACCAUGACUCAGGGGCAGGAUCUCCGUCCCCGGAGCCGUCCGUCCCCGGCCUCCGGAGGCCGGGACCCGGGGAGCACGACCUGCUGACCUGCGGCCAGUGCCAGACCAACUUCCCCCUGGGCGACAUCCUGGUCUUCAUCGAGCACAAGCGGCGCCUGUGCCGGGGGCCCGGCGGCAGACCGGGGUCCUUCUCCAAGCCCGGGGAGGCCGGCGGGGUCAUGGGCGUCCCCAUCUCUCCCAGAGCCAGGUCGCUGGAGCUGGGGAGGGGCUCCAUUCCGGUGGAGGUGGGCAUUCAGGUGACCCCCGGAGGGGAGGAGGACGAGGCCAGGAGGCUGACGCCGGCCAAGGGGAUCUGCCCCAAACAGGAGAGAGGAGAUAAAGAUGAGCCGUCCAGCUACAUCUGUACUACCUGCAAGCAGACCUUCACCAGUGCGUGGUUCCUGCUCCAGCACGCCCAGCACACUCACGGCAUCCGCAUCUACCUGGACAACCACCUCGCCAACUGCUCGCUCACUCCCCGCAUGGCUCUGCCUCCGCCCCCGGGAGCCGACGCCCUGCCUCGCUCCCCUCUCCCCACUUUCCUCGGCGACACCAACAACCCGUUCCACCUCCUCCGCAUGGCAGCGCCCCUGCUCAGGGAACACCCCCCUCCUCCGGGGUACAUCGAGACCAGACUCCCCGCAACGCCGCCCUUUGUCAGCCCGCCGCCUCCCCCCAGACCACCUCUAGAGCGGCUUGGCCCAGAGGAAAUGGGGCUGCUGUCACAGCACCCCAGUGCCUUUGAGAGGGUAAUGCGGAUGACCCCCAUGGAGCCCCCCUCCAUGGACUUCUCCCGUCGGCUGAGGGAACUGGCGGGCAACACAACAAAUAAUGGCGGACCGACACCUCCUCUGUCUCCCAACCGCGUGCCGCCCAUGCACCGCCUGCUGAGUCCGACGCUUUUCCAGCCCGGUGCCAAGCCCCCGUCAUUUCUCACCUAUGCCCCACAGCCGCCGACCUCUCAGGGGGGACACGGUUCCUCCAGCCCCCCUGACUCGCAGGGUCAGGGCCAGGCCCAGGGGAAGGCCAAAUCCUGCGAGUUCUGCGGGAAGAUCUUCAAGUUCCAGAGUAAUUUGAUCGUACACAGACGCAGCCACACGGGGGAGAGGCCGUACAAGUGUCAUCUAUGCGAUCACGCCUGUUCUCAGGCCAGCAAGCUCAAAAGGCACAUGAAGACGCAUAUGCACAACAAGUCCGGGUCCAUGAGUGGCUCCUCCGAGCAGGGAAACCGAGAGGAUGGAGACGAGGGCGAAGACAAGAACAGGGAGGGUGAUCCAAGGGGAAUGGGGUUGGACAAUGAGGAAGAGGAAGACGAAGAGGAGGAAGAAGAGGAGGAGGAGGAGGAAGAGGAGGAAGAACUGAGAAAUGGGAGCCGGCCAGAUUCCAACUUGAGCGAGGACUCGCAGGAGUUCGGCCAGAACAGGGAGAAUGGCCCGAGGCAGUCUCCUGUCGAGAAGCACCCCAGCAGUGAUAGAGUAAAUGACAGUGGCGGGGUGGGCAUCAUGCACCCUUACAACCAUCUGGACAAUCACCUGAGACUUAACCCCAACAAGAGGGGCUUGGAGCGACAGCCGAACGGAGACGGCGAAGAGAGGGGAGACGCCGAGAGGCAAGCAGAGAACGAGAGGGAACUGCAGAGAGAGCGAGAAGAGCAGGAGGUCCAGAGGCCUGUGAUGAACGGCAGGAUCAGUGUCUCUGAAGCGGAGUCCUUCCCCGGGCUGUUCCAGCGCCGGCCCACCCCCAUCACCAGCCCAAGCCCUUCCAAUAACAAGAGGAUCAAAAUAGAGAAAGAACAACUGGAAAUCCCCCCAACCAUACCGCUCAUCUCCCCGGAAAACGUCUACUCCCAGCUCCUGGCUGGCUAUGCCGCGUCGCGCCACUUCAUCAGAGAACCUUUCCUGGGAUUCCCUGAUUCCCGUCACUCGCCGUUCGCCACCUCUUCCGAGCAUUCCUCCUCGGAGACGGGCAGCCUCCGCUUCUCCACCCCGCCCGGCGAGCUGAUGGAAGGCGGCAGUGCCUCAGGGCGCAGCGGCAGCAGCACCCCUCACCUCCUGCGGGGGCCCGGACCCGGCAGACCCCCGAGCUCUAAAGAGAGGAGGAAUGACACCUGCGAGUACUGCGGGAAGGUGUUCAAAAACUGCAGCAACCUGACGGUGCACCGGCGCAGCCACACGGGCGAGCGGCCCUACAAGUGCGACCUGUGCAGCUACGCGUGCGCCCAGAGCUCCAAGCUGACGCGACACAUGAAGACCCACGGGCAGUUCGGAAAGGAGGUGUACCGCUGCGACAUCUGCCACAUGCCCUUCAGUGUCUACAGCACGCUGGAAAAACACAUGAAGAAGUGGCACGGCGAACACUUGAUGGCCAGUGAGGUCAAACUGGAGCAAGCAGACAGAGGUUAAGCCAGCUACCAUUAACUAUACAGCCGACACAAACACUCCCUCACAAAAAACGUUAAAGAUAAACAAACAAAACAAGAAAAGAGCACCCAUACAGGAACUCACAAAUCCCUAUAACCACUUCUUUAACAAUGGGGCUUGGCUGGAUAAUCCCUCUUUUAAAAAAAAAAAAAAAAAAAAAAAAUUGAGAUUGAUCGAUGUUCAUCUUUUUUUCUUGUCACAAAAAACUGCCACCUGAGAAUAUAAAUAAAGGGAAAACUUUAAUGAGAACUUGUCUGGAAUAACCAACUUGGUAUUUCUUGGCAAACUGAGGAUUUUAUCAGUUAGGAAUCCAUGGAGCCUUUCUACUGUGCAAUAAUUUCUGUAUUUAUUGGAUUUUUGUAAUGAUAUUUGGCAUGUGCAGGUACAUCUUUGUGGGGUUUCAUAUGGAGUUAGUUUUGAAAUGUGCUAAAAAUACAAUUUUUUUUUUUCUAAAAGACGAUAAAUGAAAACAAGUCACCCUCCACAUGUUUUUUUUUUUUCCUUUAAGGAAGCUUAUUAUCAUGUAGAGUAAAAUUGUGUGAAGCAGUUAGCUUUUAAAAGUUGAAUUAAAAUUGUUUUCUAUAUCGACUGCAGCAGCGGACUACAAUCCAUUCCCUCAAACAGGCCUAAAGCACUGAAUGUCAGCCUGACAAUAAAACACCAAGCUGGAUUUUAAAAAUCCAACAUUAUCUUUAAGACCUGAUAAGUUACCAUUAAUUUAUUCAGGGAGUGUUGCCCCUUUUUAAACAUAAAUGCAGUUACUGUAUUACUGUCCCUGCUUCACUGAGGACAUAAAUAAUGGUUGCACUUAAUGGAAACACCCUUAACUGAUGCUCAGUACAUUCCCGUUGUAGGAUUAAACCACCAUAUUUAAUACCUUGAAUAAGUUAAGACUACUUGUGAUUAAUGUGAGAAGGAGAAUGGUCCUGUUUAUGGUUUUGUAAAUAUAUUGUUUUUUGUUUUUUUUUUUUCCUUAAAUAUGCUAAAGUAGCCCUGACUGACCCUGAAAGAUGGCCCAAAACUAAACAAUCAGACGACCAGCUGCUUGCAUCCUCCACAGUAUACGUUAAAUGUAACUACCAUACAUAAUUGCUUUAUCAGGCCCCUUUGAUUACCUCCCCCACAAUCCCAUCCCAUGUGUGCUUACUCAAAGAAAAUUUUGUUCAAGCAAAGCUACUUGUAGUAUUGUAACACUUUCUGAGUCCUCCUCGAUCUCUCCCCCCCCCCACCCCCCACCGUUGUUGUUGGCGUGGCAGCUCUCUCCGACCCAGGCUGACUUCCUGCGUCCCCCCCUCAGGAUCCCACCGAACAGGUUCAAAUGAAAUUCAUAUCAAUAUGUGUUAGCGUGUGUUCUCCUCGCCGCAGCCUGCUCUAAGCCUCUCUCCGCCGGCGUCUUUUCACAGUUCACUAGCUCAGAUUCAUGCAUUAGAGCGGCUUUUAAAAGGAAGCCUGUUCAUUCGUCUCACAAAGUGAUAUGGGUUUAACUCCCAGUAACAGAUUUUGAGACAGUGUGCAUGUUCGUGUCUUUUGGGGAUUACGCUUUUUAUUUUCUGCAUCGUUCAUCCUGAAAUGAAUCUGGUGCAAAAAAAAAAAAAAAAAAAAAAACGUAGGGGAGGGGGCAUAUGAGUUAUGAUAAUU